GUCCCUGAGACAGAGGGCAGGCGCAUGCGUGGAAGCGCCUGAGCCCUCGGCUGGGAACAGCACUUCUGACUGCACCACCGCCCGGAAAGACCAGCGUGGGUCCGGGCUGCUCAGGUCCAGUGUGGUCGUGAGACUCUGAGCUCAGCUCCUGGCUCUUCUGGAGCUGCCCCAGCAUGCCUGGUCCCCAGGCUCCGAAAGCACCCCCAGGGAAAAGCCGUGAUGGGGUCCCCGCUGCAAAAAGCAUGCUUGGAAGCCUGACCCAGCGCUGCCCCUCAGUGCCAGCAACCGGACUGGGCAAGAUGUUCAGCAAGACAUGGCUACCCGCCAGGAAAGGUCUGGCGUCUGCAGUGUCCCUCCAGCAGCUGGACCUGCCCACCCAGCAGAGAGAGUCUAUCCUCCAGUGCCCCGUGGUGCUGACUCAGGGCCCCAAGACCAAGGAGAGGCACCUCUUCCUCUUCAGGGACUGGCUGGUUGUCGCCAAGCAGAGGUCUUCCACGAGCUACAAAUUCGAACAGAAGCUGCCGCUCUCUGAAUUGGGGGUGGUCUCCUGUGACAGCGAGGAAGAGCUGGACAAAGAUGAGGCUGGCCGCCUCACCCCCAGGGGAGGAAACACCAUCUUCUUUACAAUGGCCUCGAAGCCUUGUGUCACCGAGUUUCCGUAAGUGCCACCAAAUUCAGCGGCAGGUUUU